UAAAAGGUGAAUCCCGUUUUUCACGCUGGGAGUUUCACUCUCUCUCUCUCUCUCUUUUAUUCUCGUUUUCUUUUAAUUCUUCGUUUAUCUUCUGGAUUUGCUUGGUUGAAUGGUGUUGGUGUUGAUGGGAUAUUGAUUAACAUGUUGUAGGUUUUGAGAAUGGAAAGUCCUGUGAAGAAAGUGUUGCUGACCUCUGAUGGAGAUGAGAUUUCGCGAAACAUUGCUUUUCAUUUGGCCAAACGGGGAUGCAGAUUGGUUUUGAUGGGGAACGAGAAGCGCCUUCAAAGUGUUGCGGAGAAGAUAAAAAGUUUAUUGAAGGUUGUUGAAGCAGUUGAAGUGGUUGGAGUAGAUAUGGAAGAUGAGAGAGAAACAAGUUUUGAUGAGGCAGUGAAUAAGGCUUGUCGAAUUUUGGGCAAUUUCGAUGCUUUUGUGCAUUGCUAUACGUAUGAAGGAAAGAUGCAAGACCCACUACAAUUAACUGAGGAGGAGUUCAGAAAAUUAGUGAGAAUCAAUUUUGUGGCUUCAUGGUUUCUUUUAAAGUCUGUUGGCAGAAGAAUGCGAGACAACAAUGCAGGAGGUUCCAUUGUAUUCUUGACCUCAAUAAUGGGGGCUGCGAGAGGGAUUUAUCCAGGAGCUGCGGCCUAUGGUGCAUGUUCGGCAGGUGUGCAGCAGUUAGCUAGGGUAGGUAUCUUUGCAAGGAUCUUGUUUUAUUUCGGUGUUUUUUACUCUUGCCUACGCUUUGUUGUGCAUCAAAGGUCAUUAUAUUAAGGAUAGCUACCAUCU